GCGGCUAGCCCUGUUGUCAUGUGGCGGGGUGUCCCGGGCUGCCUACGGGGUAUAGUGCAGUUGCAGGUGGCGCUUUGGUUCCACAGCUUUGUCCGGACUUGGAGUAGCUGUAGGGAGACGAUGACUGAGGCACCCUCUGCUCAAGCCGAGGCAGCGGGCGGGCUGAAGGCUUUGAUUCAACAAAAUGGAGAUGCUGCUAGCGACACGAGCGGAGAGCCGCUCCUGGAGCAGACGGCAGUAGGGAAACAGGUCCCGGAGAGCGGGGAGCAGGCCCCAGCUCCAGUCGCUGACUCAGGCAAGUGGAAAAAGCGGAGGGGAGCCGCUGGGGAACGGGUCGUGCCGCCCCCGAAGAAACGGCGGACUGGGGUGAGCUUUAGCGAUGAGCACUUUGCAGAGACUACCUACUACUUCGAGGGCGGCCUGCGCAAGGUGCGGCCCUAUUACUUUGACUUCCAGACCUACUGUAAAGGUCGCUGGGUGGGCCGCAGCUUGAAGCACGUCUUCAGCACCGAGUUCCGAUCCCAACCACUGGCUUACUACGAGGCCGCUGUCCGGGCAGAACGCCUGCAUCUCAACGAGGAACCUGUCCAGGACCUCAGCAUCGUGCUCAAGGACAAUGAUUUCUUGCGGAACACAGUGCACAGACAUGAGCCACCAGUCACAGCAGAGCCCAUUCGCGUGCUAGCUGAGAACAAUGAUAUGGUUGUUAUAGACAAGCCGUCCUCCAUUCCUGUGCACCCCUGUGGCCGCUUCAGACACAACACGGUCAUCUUCAUCCUAGGCAAGGAGCACCAACUGAAGGAGCUGCACCCACUGCACCGGCUGGAUCGCCUCACCUCAGGAGUGCUCAUGUUUGCCAAGACAGCUGAAGUCUCAGAGAAGAUCCACGAGCAGGUUCGAGAUCGGCAGCUGGAAAAGGAGUAUGUAUGCCGGGUUGCAGGGGAGUUCCCUGACAAGGAGGUAAUUUGUAAGGAACCUAUCUUAGUGGUGUCUUACAAGGUAGGAGUGUGCCGUGUGGACUCCCGGGGCAAGCCUUGUGAGACUGUGUUCCAGAGACUGAGCUACAAUGGCCGCUCCAGUGUAGUACAGUGCCGACCACUUACAGGGCGCACUCACCAAAUCCGAGUACACCUCCAGUUCCUGGGCCACCCCAUUCUCAAUGACCCCAUCUACAAUUCAACUGCCUGGGGUCCUUCUCGAGGCCAGGGUGGCCACAUUCCAAAGACAGACGACGAACUGCUCCGAGACCUGGUUGCAGAAUAUCAGGCCAAAGAAAGCCUGAGUAUGCUAGAUCUCUGUGAGGGUGACAUGGCUCCAGGGCUCAUAGACUCCACAGCUCCCUCUUCAGAGUUGGACAAAGACAGCCUGGAAGGAUUGGCUGCAGCAGCCCAGAAGACAGAUGGGAUAGCUGAGGCAGCCGCUCAGCACCUGGACACACCAGAGAAGACAGCUAAAGCAGACGUGAAUCAAGAAACAGACCCGCUCUGUGCCGAGUGCCGGGUGUUGCGACAGGAUCCCUUGCCCCAGGAUCUUGUAAUGUUCCUGCAUGCCCUCCGCUAUAAAGGGCCAGACUUUGAGUACGUCUCACCCAUCCCAACCUGGGCACAGGAUGACUGGCAAGAAGACUGAGGAUGUGGCCACUGGAAGAAUGGCUUCUUGGGUUGGAACAAGGAUGGGCCUUGAGGCAGAGACUGCUCCCAUUGGUCGAUACUCAGGGUUUGGGGAAGAGCGAGGUUUCACACUAAGGAACCUGCUUGGACUCACUACCUCUCUCCUUCUGGCUUGUUUAGGGCUUUCAGUUCUGUGUAUAUAUAUAUAUAAUUUUUUUUCUAACACCUUGUAUACCCAUUUUUACUGGUUUCUUACAAUCCCUCCCCUCUUCCCCCAAUGCUUAGGAUAGAAUCUAGGUCCAUUAGAAGGCAAAUGCUCUACAACUGAACUCCAAGCCCCUUAGUAUUUCUGAGUUUCUCUAGGUCAGGCCGAUUUUGAACCCUGAAUCCUCCUACUCUGCCUCCAAGCAGGAAUACAGCCGUGAAGCACCA